AUGAGGCGAGCUGCGCAGCGCUUGACGGGAGGGGGCGUCUUGAUCCGCCGGACCUAUGCCGACACGCGAGGCGUGCUUAGCGAGGAGGAGAAGGCGGCGGAAAACAUGUAUAUAAAGAGAAUGGAGAGGGAAAAGCUCGAAAAAGCCCGCAUGAAGGCAAGCGAGGAGGAGGCCUCGUCUGCGGCAUCCUCGGCAUCCACAGAAGAACGAGUGCCAAAGGCAGACCCGGACCUGCCCACCAAGAGCAUAGCGAUGGGAGCUGGCCUUGUUGCUGUGGCUUGUGCAGUUUACUUCAUGUUUUCGUCGCCCCCUAGUGGCAAGAAGACUGCGGAAUCCAAGGUCGAAGAGUCUUAGUAAGUCCGCACCGGACGGAAAGCGAGACAAUCACGAAAGACGCCCUGGCUUGGCUUUUUCAUCUUUCACUGUUAAAUAACAAAGUAAGGGCCCUCUAGGGCUUAGUGGCAUUUGGUCUUUUUGGCGAUGGAGGAGGACGAGGAGCUGUUGCAGCGGCUGGGCGUGACGGCUGCACGAGCUGAGGACGUCGAGCGCCAUGUCAUUGCUGCGCAGCACCACCAGGUUGAUGGCGGCGGCGGGGGCGAGCACCCGGAGGCUAUUGCCAAGCAAUUGACUGUCUUGCAGAAGGAGAUUGACGCUGUGGAGAAUGGUCUGGAGCGUUAUGAAGAGGACGGUGGUGAGCUCCACACCACUCUCGCGCACGACCGUCUCCACUCUCUCAACUCCAAGAAGAAAAAGCUGCGAGCCCGAUUGAAGUCUCUGGAUGGAGCGUCACCUUCCACACAAGAACAACGCUCUUGCCUCCUGGAAGACAACGACCUCGACGCAGCUCUGGACGCAGCCUCUGGGCUUGUUGAGACUGAGCGCGACAGGCUCAUCCGCACCGGGGCACUGACGCCGUUUGACAGGAUCAAAGGCUUCGAGCGCCGAGUACAGACGCUAAGUGAUCGACAGUCGCUGGAGCGGGACCGAUUGGCCGAGACCAGCCUCUCUAAUGCCGUCGCGUCGCUGGCCGCAAUAUCUCGCUCUCGAGCAACAACCAAGCUGCUCGAUCCGGCCCAGCUCCCAACGCUCGAGGCGCCGACGCGUGAGUUUCGAAGGCCUCCAAAGUCACUUGACGUUGGGAGGAGGAAGAAGCGCAAGCGGCCGCUGCCUGAGUCCAAGUGGAGGCGGAAAAAGCCUCACAAGCUACCAGAGCAGGCAGCAGAUGACAACGACGGUAUGCCAUCGUUAUCUCAUCUUAUUAACUCGUUCGUGGCUUACUUAGAUGGCGACGACAACGACGUUAAUGAUGAGGAAUGCGACGACGACGUGAUCCUGGAAGGAGGGCUCAGGAUUCCGUUAGAUAUCUACGACAGGCUCUUCGAUUAUCAGAAAACUGGAGUCAAGUGGCUGUGGGAACUGCACUCUCUAAAAACAGGGGGGAUCAUAGGUGAUGAGAUGGGACUAGGCAAAACGGUACAGGUCAUUGCAUUUCUGGCUGCCUUACACCACAGUCGGAUGUACUCGCCCAGCAUUGUCGUCUGUCCCGUGACACUAACUUUCCAGUGGAAGCGGGAGGUUGAAAAGUGGUAUCCCAAGUUCGACGUGCAAGUUGUGCACGAGUCGGCUGCUCCGAAAGGGAAGAAGAAGGAGGCGGAGGAUUCCGAUGCAAGCGGAGAUGACAGUGGCGACGCGAGGCGUGAUGCAAGACUAGCUCGUUGGGACGGGGUUGUAGAAAAAACUGUCCGGUCGCCUUCUGGUCUCAUUGUGACGACUUAUGAGCAGCUCCGGUUGCUGAAAGAUACACUGCUGGACAUAGACUGGGGAUAUGCGGUACUGGACGAAGGGCACAGGAUAAGGAAUCCAGACGCUGAAACAACUCUCAUCUGCAAGCAGCUACAGACUGUUCACCGCAUUAUCAUGACCGGUGCUCCUAUACAAAACAAGCUUACAGAGCUGUGGUCUCUCUUCGACUUCGUUUUCCCUGGAAAGCUGGGAGUCCUUCCAGUGUUCCAGGCCCAGUUUGCUCUACCUAUAUCCAUCGGUGGCUAUGCAAAUGCGACAUCGUUGCAGGUCUCCACUGCCUACAAGUGUGCCGUCACCCUUCGGGAUCUGAUCAUGCCUUACAUUCUCCGCCGCAUGAAGUCCGAUGUUGAAGCCAAGCUCACCAAGAAGACGGAGCACGUUCUUUUCUGUAGCCUGACUGAGACGCAGCGCGCCUGCUACCGUGCCUUCUUAGCAAGCUCAGACGUGGAACGCAUUUUCGAGGGGAGCAAGAACGCACUCUACGGCAUUGACAUACUGCGGAAGAUCUGCAACCAUCCUGAUCUUCUGGAGAGGGAGGCCAGCGAGAAGCAUGCCGACUACGGCCUACCAGAUCGAAGUGGGAAGCUGAUGGUGGUCAGUCAGGUCCUCAACUCGUGGAAGGAUCAGGGGCACAGAGUACUUGUUUUCUGCCAGACGCAACAGAUGCUGGAUAUCGUUGAGAUCUUUGUAGAGUCACAGGGGUAUACAUACAGGAGAAUGGAUGGCUCCACAUCUGUGAAGCAGCGGCCGGCUCUAAUCGACGAAUUCAACGAGUCUUCACAUGUUUUCGUCUUCCUAUUAACUACCAAAGUCGGGGGCCUGGGAACCAAUCUUACUGGUGCGAACAGAGUUAUUAUUUUCGAUCCGGACUGGAACCCUUCGACUGACAUGCAGGCUAGAGAAAGGGCUUGGAGAAUCGGGCAGACAAAGGACGUUAUUGUUUACCGUCUAAUUACCAGGGGAACGAUUGAAGAGAAGGUGUACCAUCGCCAAAUAUACAAGCAGUUUUUGACGAACAAAAUCCUCCGGGAUCCCCAACAACGGCGUGUAUUCAAGUCCAAAGACAUGCGAGAUUUGUUCGUGCUGCACGAAGAUGCGGAGGGAGACAAAACGGAGACAUCGAACUUGUUUCCAGAGUUAAAGCUUCCCGCUGCGGCUGAAAGCGACGCCAAAGAAGCGGCACAUGGUGGCGAGGAAGGUGACCAAAUCACAAGAGACGAGCAAGAUGGUGCGGAUGAGUCCAGGCUUCUGCAGAGCUUGAUGCAGGCCAACGGAAUACACUCUGCGAUGGACCACGAUGCAAUCCUGGCUGUCAACGAUCCCGAACGGGUGAAGGUGGACUUUGAAGCGAGCAGGGUGGCCGAACGAGCUGCCGAAGCUCUCCAGCAGUCUCGGCUAAUACGAAUGCGAGACGACGUGGCUGUUCCCACGUGGACAGGGAACUCAGGCGCUGCUGGGGCUCCAGGUGGUGGACGGAGGAGGUUUGGAGCUGCCGUGAAUUCUCGCUUGAUGUCUCCUGCGCCACCCCCGGGGACGCCAGGUGCAUCUAGCAGCAGGGCCCUCAGCUCGGUCGAGCUCCUGGCUCAGAUGAGGCAACGCCAAGCAGGUGCGGUCGAAAGCAAACGAGAGGCACUACGUAGCGAGCUUGAGAGGUUUCUGAGGAGCCACGGCGGGAGUGCACUGUCGACGACAGUCGUUCAGCACUUCAAGCUGAAGCUGUCACAAGCGGAGCUACCGCUUUUCAGGCAGCUGCUGAAUGAGAUAGCGGCCUUGAACAAGGAUGGUGGGGAGUCCAGGUGGAUUCUGAAACACGACUAGAUAUCAUGGACGGGACAUUUUUUCCACAUUCUUUCUCUCAGUAGCCGUAAGGAUGCAGGAGAGGAUCUCUGUUGAUAUCUUUGUACAAAAAGUAUCGGGACCUCGUCCGUCCGAGCGCUCCAUACCUGUUUUGUUUAACAGCCAGACUUGGAUAUAAACACGGUGCAUAGGCAAAGUUUUACCA